AUGCUAAGCCUGGCGAUUGGCCCGGUUGAUACGAACAAUGACCUGUAUAGGGUCUCUGUUCGCCCGUUCACACUCGAGAAAGAAGGCGAGUUUGUUCAGGCCCUCGAAGCGUACAAACUGGCCAUUGAGGUCUUGAAUACAGCCAUCCAAAAGUUCAAAAAGUCUUCGGAGGUUCGGAAAAUCGUGCGCAAAAUGUUUGAACGGCAGGUCCAGGUGCACCAAGACAGACUCGCAUACUUGGAGAGCCUUCAACGCAAGGGGGAUUUUGUGGAUAUCGUGAACCUGCCAACUAUAUUGGACGCUAUGGACGAGCUCAAGGCGGAGGGGGAGCAACGCACCUUGUCCUGUGAUCGAAAGGACCUUUUCGAAUACAGCCAGAGCAAAGAUAAACAGACACCAGCUCCAGACCCGCCCAGGGUGCCCUUCCUAAGCUUGAGCCUUCCAUCUACACCACCAAUAGUUUACCGGAUUUCGCAUGAUUCCGAGCUGGUUGCUGUUGGCACACGUUCUCACUGGUUCUUUGUAAAGGACGCUACCAAUACCCAUCUUUUAUAUGCCUUCCAAGCAGUGUGGAGUAACUCAGCCCCCAUAGUCGAUGCGGUUCUCAGACGCGCAGGGGAGCUGCUCCCCUCAAUGGGUGCCGUUAGUGUGCGUAUCCGCAAGACCCCGACUGGAAGCUUCGGACUUGAGACCAGCACUGUUCCAGAUAUGGGCACAAUCCCGGAAGUCCCAGAUGCAGCGAACAAGCGGAAGACCUGGUCUCCGCGGAGAUUCCACUACGGGGGUAGAAGGUUUGUUUGGAAGAAUGAUGAUGAACGUCGAUUUCUCAAGUCGUUUACGUGGGAGACAUUGUACGAAACCAAACGAGCUGCGUUGGACGGGGAUAACCAGCCUGACAAGAUGGGGGACGAGAUUGUGGGCGAGCGAUUAUGCUGGGGACAGAAGAAGGCCUCGGACGGCGCCGAUUAUAGUAUUUUCAUCGUGGAUGGGCUUGAUAUGUGUUUUCGGGAGCAUCUUUUGGCAUCACAGCUGGCCAGGAUGGUGAGAGUCCGGUAUCCACCGCACAAAGAUAACUCGGGCGUUGAAGCUGUAGAAGCUGGGAUGAGUCUGGUGGGGUUUAUCCAGGCAGUGGCGAGCUGA